UGAUCCGAGUAUUUAUAGUGACCGAAGCCCAUGCGUAUUUGAAGCUACAGGUAAAGGUAGUAAACCGGCUCAUAGACAGGCAAAGGCACUAAACCGACCCCCCACGCAACACUCUGCUAUCUCCAUACUUGUUCCGUCAAACCAUAGGCUCUGAUAUUAGCUAUUGGGCUGAAUCGACCUAAAGAUACUCUUAACAUGGUGUGAUAUUAUCUGUUUUGUACUAAGUCCGCACGGUUUUCCUCUGUGAUGACCCGAUAGAUCAUUUACAGUUUUAACCUUAAAUUCUAUUUUUUGAAACCUCGAUUAGAUCCGUUUAGCCUUCUUCGAUUUACGUGCAAAGUCUGUGUCUUUUUCCGAAAGGUUUUUACUUGAAAAUUUGAUAAAAUGUGAAAUCGUGCCCUAAAACUCAUUUGAGUUGAUUUCGGUCAACGUUUUAAGCAAACGAACCCGGAUCAAUAUUUUUACGAUUUCGGUGGGUCCGUAUCGUUAUUUGAGACUUGGGCGUAUACCUGGAAUCGAACUUGAAAGUCCCUAACUCGAAUUAUCGCAAUUUAUGGAAAACUAGAGGCUUAAGGGUUUAAAGAAUUAAUAAAUUCGACCGAAAUUUGACUUUGUUGCUACCGGGUCCGAAUUUUGAUUCCGAGACUUGGUAUAGGUUUAUUACUGUAUUCAUGACAUGUCUGCAAAUUUUGUUCAAAACGGAGUUAAUUUGACAUAAUUCGGAUAUCCGCUUGAAAUAUUUAAAGUUCUUAAGCUUCAUUGAAAAUUUCAUUCGUUUUGGUGUCUGUUUCGUAGUUUCAGGUAUUAUUUUGACACUUUGAUUGCGCGAGCAAGUUCGCAUGAUGUUAUAGGACUUGUGUGCAUGUUUGGUUGGGAGUCCCGAGGGCUCGGGUGAGUUUUGGAUAGGUUUCGAAGUGAUUUUGGAUUUAGGAAAAAUAACCGGUGCAUCUGGUUCUGAUGCAAGUCUCUCAUCUUGCAAUUGUGAGGCCAGUGUUCGCAUUUGCAAACAUUCAAAUUCCUGUUAGGUAAGUAUUUGCGAACUAAUUCUUCGUAUUUACGAAUAGGGGAUGGGUAAGCAAUAGAUCGCAUUUGCGAUCAAAAGGUCGCAUUUGCAGAGUCCCAGAGUUCGCAUUUGCGAACAAAUCAUCGCAAAUGCGAUGAUAGCAGAUAUGUGAGAUUCUUCACAUUUGCGGGAUUUACAAUUGCGAUAUCUGCGCCUAGACAAAAGUUCAGAAAAAUGAGAUUUUGGCUCAUUCUAUAAAAUUCUCAACCCUAAACACUUUAGAGAUGAUUUUCCCAAGAGCUUGUCUUCCUAAAUGCAUUGGUAAGUGACUCUAAUCUACUUUCUUUCAAUUACCCAUAACAUUUCAUAAGAUUUCAACCUUAAAUCUAGAAAUCCAUGGUAGAAAUUAGAGAUUUGGGUAGAAUUUGAAAUUUUUGUAAAAUUAGAAUUUAGAUCUUGAACUAAGGUCGGAUUUCGAAUUGAACUACAUAACCGGAUUCGGGGGUGAAUGGGUGAUCAAGUUUUGGUCUAAACCUCGAGUUUAGACAAAGCAAGUUCGGGGGUUGACUUUUGUUGACUUUUUCAAUAAUGAUCUAAAUGAACCUCUUGCAUUUGUGGCUAGUUUCUAAUGCUUAUUUUGAAUCAUUUGGUUGAUUAUUUGCUAGAUUUGGUUGGUUCGGAGGCUUGUUCGAAAGGCAAGGCCAUAGUUGAACUUUGAAUUGGUUGCGGAGCGAGAUGGCGAGUACACGAACUGCAUCUACCGCUGGACAGGAGCCGGAGCCCCCUAUGGCAGCUACGACUAGGGUUAGAGCUCGAGGCCAAGGUCAUGGAAGAGGCCGAGGAAGAGACAGAGCUCGGCCUAGAGCUCGAGCAGCACCACCAACAGUGGAGCCUCAGGUAGAUUUUGAUGGGGAGGUCCCAGCUCAGGUUGUACAUGUUGGACCAACUCAGGUCCCGGAGGGGUUCAUAGCCACUCCAGUGCUUUCGGAUGCUCUGGUCCGUUUGGUGGGCAUUAUGGAGCGUGUGGCCCAAAUCGGUACUUUCCCGGUGGCACCGGCCGUCUCUCGGGCUGGGGGAGGAGCACAAACUCCCGCUACUUACACUCUGGAGCAGGUGGGUCCCCAGUUUCUGACUCCUGCAGCACUGCCGGUUAGGGAAGUUCAGCCGGUUGUUAUGGCACAGGCUGGUGAUAGGCCUGCUUUAUCUUCUGAGGCUAUGUUGAGGUUAGAUAAGUUCACCAAGCUCUUUCUUGUUCAUUUUAGUGGUGCAUCUUCUAAGGACCUACAGGAUUUUCUAGACCAUUGCCAUGAGGUGCUGCGGAACAUGGGUAUAGUUGAGACCAAUGGGGUCGAUUUUGUAGUAUUUCAAUGCGCGGCCUGAUAGGAUGGCAAAAACCUGCAUUUAAUUUAAUAUAUAAAAUGUCAUUAGAUUCAUUA